UAUGUUUUAUUCAUUAAUUUAUCAUUUUCUUACCUGCUCAUUUGUUCUUCUCUAUUCCGUUCGCAUAAGCAUCGACUAGUAAUCGGUCUGUCUGUCUGUCUGUCGGUCGGUCGAUCGGCCAAUUAAAUUUAAUCGCUUCGCUUUUGCCGUGCAGAAAAACAUCCAUUAUUUAAUAUUGUUAUUAGCAUCAUCUCCGUUUCGACGUAGCCGCCUAUUAUUUAUAUUGGCCGACAAUUAAGGACUAAUCUUUACAGUCUGCUUAUUAAUCAUCGCACAUUCAAUGAUCUACUUCAAUUGUUUCAUUAUUGUUUAAACGUUAGGAUAAUCUAAUUUGCUUUUAUUUUCUUACAUAAUUUCUAAUAUUUAUGUCGCAACAUGCGCUUUAACAACAUACACAUUUUUUUUGUGAGCAUAUGCAACUUUGUUUUCUCUUACGUUACGUUACGUCAUUAUACAUUUGUUAUAAUGUAGGCAACUUAAUAAUCGCUCAAUUAACAAUUACAACAUUCACAUCGCACAACUAAUACGAAUUUGAAUUUCGAUGCUAAUUUUAACUCGUUUCCAAUACAACAUUUCACUGUAUGCAACCAAUUGAACUCGCGGCGGCGCGAACAGUUUAAAUUCAUUAAUAGCUUAUCCGUAACAAUAAUUAAUGCAAUUUAACUGCAACAACAACAACAAAAAUACACGAUUUCUUUGUGUCGAUGCGAAUCGCGAGUUUUCCUUUUUUUUUUCCGAUCGUCUUUUUUCUCUUUCUUUUUUUUGCUUCUCUUCUCUUUCCGUCCUUUACGCAAGUCUCCGCCGCUUCACCGUGUACUUUUAUUAUUUCGCCGGUCGCGUCGCAAUCGGCCGCACGCAGAAGCGAUCCCUUCGCCAGAAACAAAAAUAAUCUUGUUAGCAAUUUUUUGUUCGUUUCUGUGAUUUGUUGAAAUUGUGUUGUUUUGUUUUGUGUUUUGUUUUUUUGUGAAGAUGGUCGAGGAUGCGGCUUGUUUGGAGGAAGGAAAGGGCCACGGGGACGGCGACGUCCCGGCGGCGGCUGCGGCGGACAGUCAAUGGGAGAAGUUGCUAGGCAACGGACGCGUUCCUGUUCCGCUUCCGGCGUCGGCGACAAUUCCGGUUCCGGUUCAGCCGGAAAGGCGAAGGUCGUCGGUCGGAAGUCUUUUCAGCAGUUUCCGGAGGAGCUUCAGAUUCACAACGGGUGGCGCUAAGGGUGCAGGAGGAGGCGCCUCCACAGGACACGUCUUCAGCAGAUAUCGACAGUCGAGGUUCAAUGCGCGUCGCAUAAGGAAGAGGGUCGUGUUCAAGCACGGCGACUGCAACGUGGUGCAAGGAAACGUGGCGAAGCGGAGCACCAGAUACCUGCAGGACAUCUUCACGACUUUGGUGGACGCGCAAUGGCGCUGGACCCUCUUCGUCUUCUCGAUGAACUUCCUGCUGUCGUGGUUGGCUUUCGCCGUCGUCUGGUGGUUCAUCAGCUUCACGCACGGCGAUCUCGUCCCGCAGAAUUUCAGCAAUUCCAGCUGGACGCCGUGCGUGACGAACAUAAGGGAUUUCACGUCGUGCUUCCUGUUCAGCGUCGAGACGCAGCACACGAUCGGAUACGGAAAUCGAACGCCGACGGAGGCCUGCCCCGAAGCCAUCUUCUUCCUCUGCCUUCAAUCGAUCACCGGCGUCAUGAUACAAGCCUUCAUGGUGGGCAUCGUCUUCGCGAAACUGUCGCGUCCCAAGAAACGCACGCAGACGUUGCUCUUCUCCAGGCACGCGGUCAUUUGCCAAAGGGACGGCACGUUGUGUCUGAUGUUCAGGGUCGGCGAUAUGAGGAAAUCGCACAUCAUCGAAGCACACGUCCGGGCGCAACUGAUCAGGCACAAGGUGACCAAGGAGGGCGAAAGUCUGCCGUUCUAUCAGACGGAACUGAAGGUCGGAGGUGACGGGGAGGAGGACAAGAUCUUCUUCAUAUGGCCGACGACUAUAGUGCACAAGAUCGAUAAGACAUCGCCGCUCUAUCAAUUGUCGGCGACGGAUCUUUUGCGCGAACGCUUCGAAAUCGUCGUCAUAUUAGAGGGCGUGAUCGAGUCGACGGGGAUGACGACGCAAGCCAGAUCCAGUUACCUCCCUUCGGAGAUCCUCUGGGGUCACCGCUUCCAGACGCUCGUCUCCUUCAAAUCGCUGAACGGCGAAUACGAAGUGGAUUACGCCCUCUUCAACAACACCGUCGAAGUCGACACCCCACUGUCCAGUGCCAAGCAGCUCGACGAAUUCGGCAUCGUCGAGCAACAGAUGUCGUACGACUUUUCGAACAGGUCGCCGUCGAGCAACACCCUGUGCAGCAUGGACUCGAUGUCGAUUGACCUGAGCCUCGCCGACGGCGGCCUCCACCUGCACCAGCACCACAACCAUCUACAUCACGAGAACCACUUUCAAAUAGGCGGCGGCAAUCUGCAUUGCUCCUCCUCGUCGCCCAACACCGAUUCAACGGCCAUCCUUUUGAGUCGCAACAGUGGCACCUCUUCCUUCGGUCGUCGCAUGUCCGCUCCGCACAACCACACCACCGUGGCUGUCUGAAAACAAACAAACAAACAAACAUAAUCAAACAAUCAUCAAUCAAUUUCAGAUUGAAUUGUUCGACGAAUCAAAGGUAAUUUGAUUCCGAUUCCCGCCUUUUUAUAUAUAUAUAUAUAUACAUACAUAUUAAUGCAAGAUGAGUUGCAUAAAUCGCAUCGUUAUUUUUUUAUAUUUAUUUUUUUUUUAAUAUACAUAUAUAUU